GCUUUCAUGUGUCUUUGAAUAGCCUCUAUUUUUUUUAUUUUUCAUUCAAGCAUGAACAAUGUUCUUCAUUGAUGGAGUGUGUGCUUUUUCUUUUUUAGCAGCAGUAGCACACAGUCAAUGAAAGCACGUGAAGGAUAUCAUCACCCUGGGGCAAAUGAACGUCACAAGUCCCCAACAAGGGCUUAUUACAGUCUGAAUGGAUCAAACAAUCUUUUUUUUUCCCAUCCUUCCUUUUCUUUGUUAUUAAAUUUUCUUUACACGUCCCGUGCAAAAGAUGAAGUUCGACUUGAAUGAAAGACUUCAAAGAACCGAAUCUUAUCAAAGAUUGGUAGAAAAGUUAAAAAGAAAUCCUUCUGAACGUGUCGACACCAAAGAUUGGCCAAGGCCAAAUACGCCAAAGGAGGUGAUACAACAUGCAAUUAAAGGCGCCGUUAGAGCAUUUGUUUUAGCUUUCGGUGUACGAGGUUCUGUCAAUUUUUGUUUAUACUUGAUCAGAGUAGUGCGGGGAAAAGCACCAUUAGCGAAUAUAUUGGAUGCUUCUUUCAAAAAUAUCGACGCUCUCAGAUUUGGUGCCAUGUUCAGUUCAUUUGCAUUACUAUGGAAAUCUGUCAACAACGGUAUGCGCUUAUAUCGCGGCAAAGACGAUCGAUUAAACGGGUUAGUCGGUGGUGCCGUUGCCGGCUUGAGUAUUUUAUUCGAAAAAAAGGAAAGACGUAUUGAUAUUGCACAGCAAAUGUUGGUGAGAGCUUUGCAGGCCAUUUAUAACGCCGGAAAGGCUCGAGACAUUUUCUAUUUUAAACAUGGCGAUGCCUUAUUAUUCGCGUUGACCUGUGGUCAAGUUUUGUACGCUUAUACAAUGAGACCAGACACCUUACCACCCGAUUUUUAUGCAUUUAUGUUAAAGGCUGCAAGAUGUCCAAAGGGUGCAUUGGAACUCAAUGCGUUGAACGUCAGAGGUGCACCCAUUAAAGCAGCAGAUGCCAUUUCCGUUGUCAAAAAACUGCGUCCUACUCAGCAUGCAUUAGACUUUGUCCAUCAAUUGCCAAGUGAAUCAGAUAUAGUUACUUGUGAAAUACUUCAUCCUUGGGUUGAUGGCUGUUAUGCUACAGUCUUUGAUCGUUUUACCAAUGUUUUCAAGAGCUUCUUGCCAGUUUACGGCACACUUCAUUUUGUACCCAUGUUAUUACUUCGUACACAACAUUUUAAAAAAGAUCCCGUCAACAUGUUGUCUAAAACCACGAUUGCAACCAUGAAAUCCGGCGCCUUUUUAGCUACAUUUGUUACGUUAUAUCAAUACUAUAUUUGUAUGCAUCGUCAGUUGUACAAGAGGGGUCUUGUUGGAAGCUUCAAUUCCAAAUAUAUCUAUUACCUUGCCGGUUUCUUCUGUGCUUACCCCUCUAUUUUCCUUGAAGACAAGAAGAGACGUAGUGAAUUGGCUCUUUACGUUUUACCUAAAGCCCUUACCAGUUUUUAUCAAAUUGCUUAUUCUCAUCAUUGGAUUUUCAAGAUAAAGCAUUUUGAAGUUUUGAUGACAAGUGCUGCUAUGGGUAUCAUCAUGUCAUUUUAUCAAGAAGAAGCCGACGUUCUAUCUUCAUUUGUUCGUAAAAUUAUGUACCAAUUCUUCCAAAAGAAUUAAAUACCCCCCACACCUUUUUUUGUUUUUGUUCUUUAUCGAACUAAUAAAUCCCGACAUUCUUAAUGACACAAGUGACAAAACUGAUGUUGGCUCGUGCGCAUGCUGGGU